CAGAUCACAUGCCGGAUGAUUAAUGUAGGGGGCGGAGUCAUGACGCGUUUCGACCAAUAAGAAAACGUGGAAUUGCAUCUUUGAAGGCCAGCCUUUAUAAACUUGCAGUUGUUUUCGACAAAAACAUAUUCUGUCUGAGUUUAAUACAGAUAAGCUCUUCACCAUGAGACUGUGUUUGGCCUUGCUGGCUGUGUGCCUCAGCAUAGUGUCUGCUGCUCCCAGUCUGGACAGAGAACUAGACAGUCACUGGCAACAGUGGAAGGACUGGCAUAAAAAAGAAUAUCACGUGAAGGAAGAAGGAUGGCGGCGAAUGAUCUGGGAGAAGAACUUGAAAAAGAUUGAGCUGCACAACCUGGAUCACUCGAUGGGAAAGCACACCUACCGCCUGGCAAUGAAUCACUUUGGUGACAUGACUCAUGAGGAAUUCAGACAAGUCAUGAAUGGCUACAACCACAAAAAGGAGAGGAAGAGCAAGGGAUCUCUCUUCAUGGAGCCUAACUUCCUGGAGGUCCCAAACAAGUUGGACUGGAGAGAGCAGGGAUAUGUUACUCCUGUCAAAGACCAGGGUCAGUGUGGUUCAUGCUGGGCCUUCAGCACUACUGGAGCCAUGGAGGGUCAGGAGUUUAGAAAGACUGGUAAAUUGGUGUCUCUCAGUGAGCAGAACCUGGUCGACUGCUCUCGUCCUGAAGGCAACGAGGGCUGCAAUGGUGGACUCAUGGACCAGGCCUUCCAGUACAUCAAGGACAACGGUGGCCUGGACUCUGAGCAGUUCUACCCUUACCUCGGAACUGAUGACCAGCCCUGCCACUACGAUCCCACCUAUAGUGCAGCUAAUGACACUGGCUUUGUGGACGUCCCCAGUGGUAAAGAGCAUGCUCUGAUGAAGGCUGUGGCUUCAGUUGGUCCAGUGUCCGUGGCUAUUGAUGCUGGACAUGAGUCCUUCCAGUUCUAUCAGUCUGGUAUUUACUAUGAGAAAGACUGCAGCAGUGAGGACUUGGACCAUGGUGUUCUAGUUGUUGGCUACGGCUAUGAUGGUGAAGACGUAGAUGGGAAGAAGUACUGGAUUGUCAAGAACAGCUGGAGUGAGAGUUGGGGUGACAAAGGCUACAUCUACAUGGCCAAGGACAGACAUAACCACUGUGGUAUUGCAACAGCAGCCAGCUACCCACUGGUCUAAACAAAACCUCUAGCAUGGCUUUCAUGCCUUGUAUCAAACUGUUCACUACCAUGAAGUGUCUUCACUACACCACUAAGAGUCACAUAGCAUCAGUGAAGAGCUAGUUUAUUAUGAUAAAAGGGAAACUUGUAAUCCCAACUUAGUUCAGUGUGAAAUGAAGACCUAUAGAACAAAACUGUAUGGGCUAUACAAGUUUUACAUGGAAAUCCAUGGAUUUUUUUUUUUUAAGCCAUUUUAUGCAAUUGUUUUAACUAGCAUUUUAAUUUGUUUCAUGUAAAUAUUGCUUGCCAAAAUGUAAAUGCCUUUUUUGGAUCACUUAACCAAACCUUUGAAAGUGCGACAUGUGCAAUAAGCGUUCAGUUUUAUUUUGCACCCUGUGCUGUUUGCCCAUUUCAUUUGAGUUCCCUGUAACUGAUUUUUCAAGUGAUUAAACCUUAUACUGACUGAAAA